AUGUUGGACCUCUUCAGGAUCCCCUACCUGAGAAAACGGGCUCUCAUUCUCUCCUAUAUCUGGUUUGUAACCAGUCUGGUGUACUACGGGGUGAGUCUAAACGUGGGUAACUUUGGUCUGGACAUAUAUCUGACCCAGUUGAUCUUUGGUUUGGCUGAGCUCCCCGCCCGGCUGGGCUCCCUGCCCCUCAUCGAACACUUUGGACGGAGGAUCUGUCAGGCCACCGCCCUGUUCUUUGGAGGCACAGCCUGUCUCGUUCUUCUAGCUAUUCCAGAUGACCUGCCGGUAGUGACGACAGUCAUAGCCGUGUUGGGGAAGUUUGCCCUGGCUGCCUCCUUCACCAUCGUCUAUGUUUACACAGCUGAGCUCUAUCCCACUGUAGUGAGACAGAACGGAGUGGGUCUGAACUCCAUGUCUGCCCGUGUGGCUGGCAUCCUUGCCCCACUGAUUAGACUUCUGGAGAUGUACCACUAUGCCAUCCCUAUGUUGAUCUAUGGUAUCCUGCCCUUCCUGGGGGGAGGCCUCUGCUUUCUGCUGCCUGAGACACUCAACACUGAGCUACAAGACCACACUGAACCACAGGAGGACACAGUAACUCCUGAUAAGUUGAAUCUUGAAAAUGGACUCAGUCAUUUAAAGAUGGAUAAGACAGAAGAAACGAUGAUCACAAAAAUGUAAAUGAUUAUCACUGUUUUAUAUGACCUGGAGCUUUACAUAAUGUAUGUGGUUGUCUUGAUAAUGGAUCAAUAUCAAGUAGAUAUACUAAAUGACCAAUCAAAACAUUUGAUUGUUAUUCAGAUCUCAAACUACAUUGUUUGAGAGACAUUUUGUAAACAAAACUACUUUUAUAGAUGUUUUAUAAAUUCAAUGAUAAAAUUACAAUGUAUUGUUUAUCACAAAAAAACAUUUUGAUAUAGGUGAACAUUUAUCAAAUAAAAAUACACAUAAUACAAUAUGUUUGUAUAAAUCACUGCUUCAGUUCCACAUACAUUUAGUUAAUUUUUUUACGUUUGGAAUAUAUGUGUAUUGUUAUUGUAUUGCUAGAUAUUGCUGCAUUGUUGGAGCUACAGUAGACUGUUGGAGCUACAUUAGACUGUUGGAGCUACAGUAGACUGUUGGAGUUACAGCAGACUGUAGACUGUUGGAGUUACAGUAGACUGUUGGAGUUACAGUAGACUGUUGGAGCUACAGUAGACUGUUGGAGCUACAGUAGACUGUUGGAGUUACAGUAGACUGUUGGAGCUACAGUAGACUGUUGGAGUUACAGUAGACUGUUGGAGCUACAGUAGACUGUUGGAGCUACAGUAGACUGUUGGAGCUACAGUAGACUGUUGGAGUUACAGUAGACUGUUGGAGUUACAGUAGACUGUUGGAGUUACAGUAGACUGUUGGAGCUACAGUAGACUGUUGGAGUUACAGUAGACUGUUGGAGCUACAGUAGACUGUUGGAGUUACAGUAGACUGUUGGAGUUACAGUAGACUGUUGGAGCUACAGUAGACUGUUGGAGUUACAGUAGACUGUUGGAGUUACAGCAGACUGUUGGAGCUACAGUAGACUGUUGGAGUUACAGUAGACUGUUGGAGUUACUGUAGACUGUUGGAGUUACAGUAGACUGUUGGAGUUACAGAAGACUGUUGGAGUUACAGGAGACUGUUGGAGCUACAGUAGACUGUUGGAGCUACAGUAGACUGUUGGAGUUACAGUAGACUGUUGGAGUUACAGUAGACUGUUGGAGCUACAGUAGACUGUUGGAGCUACAGUAGACUGUUGGAGCUACAGUAGACUGUUGGAGCUACAGUAGAACUGUUGGAGUUACAGUAGACUGUUGGAGUUACAGCAGACUGUUGGAGCUACAGUAGACUGUUGGAGUUACAGUAGACUGUUGGAGUUACAGAAGACUGUUGGAGUUACAGGAGACUGUUGGAGCUACAGUAGACUGUUGGAGUUACAGUAGACUGUUGGAGCUACAGUAGACUGUUGGAGUUACAGUAGACUGUUGGAGCUACAGUAGACUGUUGGAGUUACAGUAGAUGCAUAAGCAUUUCACUGCAUCUGCGAUAACAUCUGCAUAACUGUGUUAUCUGACCAAUCAACUUUUGAUUUGAUAUAGAAAAGAUGAAAUCACAAUCAUUCUGCUCAUAUAGAAAAUAUGAAAUAAGAAUAAUUUUGCUGAUAUGGAAAAGAUGAAAUGAGAAUCCUGUUUGGGAUCAUCAGUUUGUGUCUCAGUAAUCAUUCAUAAUAUUUGUCUGUAAUUGCUUCUAUAAAGUGAAAUCUGAUGCUGAUUAUUGUCAAGUGACUUAAACACGAGUGUAUACAGUAUGUACAAGGAGUACAUAACCCAGGUGACUCCAAAAGAUGUGAUCCAGUGUUGUCAUGGUCACCUUCACGUCAGCUGAGAACACACAACACAUCACACUUUUACUAGUUUUCCAUAAAAACACAAUUGUCCAGACUUUAUACAGUUGCUACCUUACCUUCAUGAAAUGAAAACGCCAUAAAAACACUUCAUAUAUGCAUGUGUCUGUGUGGUCACUAAACUCCAUAUGACGUUGGUGCCGUUAGACCCCCGGCGUCUCAUUGGUUCUCUGCAGCCAGCGGUCUUCGUGUUGGUUGUGGCCAAAGCCCUUGUCAUAGUUCUCUUUCCUCCUGAACAGCUGCUGGUUGUGGAAUACAUACUAGAACUGGCCGUGCAGCGGAGCAUAGCUGCUCAUGCUACAACACGCAGACAGACACACUGCGUC